AACACAGAUGCUGUUCAGUUUUUUGUGGACUACCAGAAAAGUGUGGGAAAUUAUAUUGUUGAUGUUGAUGGCAAUGUCCUGCUGGAUUUAUACACACAGAUUGCUAGUAUUCCUUUGGGGUACAACCAUCCUAGAAUAAUCAAAGUAUUAACAGACCCAGGGAACCUUAGCUCAUUUGUCAACAGACCAGCCCUGGGAAUUUUCCCACCUGCAGAUUUUGUGAAGAACAUGACGGAGUCCUUGUUAUCUGUGGCACCACCAGGCUUAAGACAAGUGCAGACAAUGGCCUGUGGAGCCUGCUCCAUAGAACAUGCACUGAAAGCUGCAUUUAUGACAUACCAGAGAAGAAUACGGGGAGGCAAACCACCAACUAAAGAAGAGCUGGAAACAAGUUUAUUAAACAAGCCACCAGGAAAUCCAAAUCUUUCUGUUCUCUCAUUCAAGAACGCCUUUCAUGGAAGAACGAUGGGUGCUUUGGCAUUGACGCAUACUAAGUGGUCACACAAACUUGAUUUCCCAAGUCCUGACUGGCCAAUUGCAUCUUUUCCUCAACUGAAGUAUCCGCUGGAGGACUUUGUGCAGGAGAAUAAAAAAGAGGAAGCUAGAUGCUUGGCAGAGGUUGAAGAGCUCAUUGGUGUCUACAGUAAGAAAGGUAACCCUGUUGUCUGUAUUGUAACUGAGCCCAUACAGUGUGAAGGGGGAGAUAACUUUGCAAGUGCAGAAUUUUUUCAAGGACUGCAAGAUAUUUCCAGAAAAAACAAUAUUUCUUUCCUGAUUGAUGAGGUGCAGACUGGCGCAGGAACAACUGGCAAGUUCUGGGUGCAUGAGUAUUUUAAUCUGAGAGAUCCACCAGAUCUUGUGACAUUUGCCAAGAAAAUGCUGACCGGUGGAUUUUACUACCGGGAUCAUUUAAGGCCUACUGAGGGCUACCGCAUUUUCAACACCUGGGUUGGCGACCCUUCCAAGGUGGUAAUGCUGAAAGAGGUCAUAAAUGUGAUCAAGGAAGACGGUCUCCUUGCAAGAACAGAAGACACUGGCAAAUAUCUGCUUAAGGCAUUGUUAGAUGCACAGACUCGCUAUCCUCAGCUUGUGUCAAGAGCGAGAGGACUGGGUGCUAUAGCAGCUGUGGACCUUCCUGAUGCUCAGACAAGAGACAAAGCAAUUGUGAAACUGAGAGAGCUAGGUGUUCAUCUGGGUUCCUGUGGGACUUCGACUCUGAGGCUCCGACCGACACUGACACUAGAAAGAAAACAUGUGGACGUGUUCACUGAGAGGUUUGAUAAAGUAUUGAAAAACCUGUGA